GCGGGGGAGACCGGAGAAGUGGAGAGUCAAGUAAACGCUUGUAGUUAUCUCUUCCCUUCCCCUCUCCGAUCCAGAGCACUCUGCGAUCUAUCUAUAAUCUAGUGCUAGAUAGCGAAGCCGACCUUGCUGCGACCGUCCGGCCGGCCGGAGAUCAUGGCGGGCACGGUGGUGAGCAUGGCGAGGUCCAUGCUGGGCGCUGUCAUCAGCGUGGCCGCCUCUGCCGCCGCCACGGAGAUGAGCCUUCUCAUCGGCGUCCGCAAGGACAUCUGGAAGAAGAAGGGCAAAGGGGAUGGCCGCCGACGCCGCGUACGCGAAGCUGGUGCUGCUCGCCUGCAACGGCGGCGUCGGCGUCCGCGCUGCACCUGCUGCAGUGAGGGGGGUUCGGCCGGGGCCGCGUCGUGGCCGGGCUCAUCUCCCUGCUCCCGCGCCACUCCACGCACCAACACCAGCGCCGCCUCCGCCGCGUGCUCGCCGUCGCCACCGAGCCCAGGCCCCCUCCCUCGCCGCCGGCCCCACGCACCGGCAGGACCAGGGCCAACACCAUCCAGUCCACCAGGUUCGGGGACGUGUCCAAGGAGAUCAAGCGGGUGCGGAAGCAGAUGGAGGAGGAUGAGCAGCUGGCCUCCCUCAUGCGCGGCCUCCACGGCCAGAACCUCCGCGACGACAAGGCUGCAGUUAGUUGUACUCCUGUAUCUCUGCAUACUCCGUACUUAAUUCAGUUUGGUUGCAGUACUUGUAUCUCUCUGUAUCUCUGAUGUACUCUUGUCUCAGUUUGGUUGGAGUAUAUUCAGUUUGGUUGCAGUACUCUUGUCUCUGCAUACUUAAUUCUGUAGUUUCUCUCUGAUGGUAGUAGUUGUAUCUCUGCAUACUUAAUUCACUGAAUUUCGUUGCAGUAGUUGAUUUAAGUGAAAAGAUUCAAUUAGUUUUCCAGUAGUUUUGCUCGAGUAAUAAGGAAAAGUUGCAGUAGUUGUCAAUGUUAACCUCGACGUAUCUGCAGUUUCAGUCACUGCUUGCUACUCCUCCUUAUAACUGCAGUUUAGUUGCUUCAGUCGCUGCUCAUUUCUUCAGUAGCUAAAUAAGUUCAGUUUAGUUUAGUUGAAGUGAGCUGCGUUCUUGCUGCGGCCUUGCGUAUUUCAUUUUGUUUAGUCUAGUCCUCUGAUUUUAACACAAGCCUUCCUGAGUAUCAAAAACUCCAGACCUUACUUCCAAACUUCAGCAUUAAAAUAAACUUUUUCCUCUCCUCUCCUAUUCCACUCCACUCCUCUCUCUUCUAUUCCACUCCUUUCCUCUCAACAAGUCAUUUUCUUUAAUUAAUUAAAAUGAAACUAAAUGAUUUUUUAAUUAACUGAAACUUGUUUUUUAAUUAAAACUAAAUGAUUUUUUCAGUAAAUGAACUUGAGUUAACUAAAAUUAAAUGAAUUGUAGCAGGAGUACCCUCCUUCUCUUGACUUCUCUUCUCUUUUCAGCAAGUGCAGCAACAGUAUGAGUAGUUCUUGGAGUAGUGUAGUG